UUGAGUUGGAAUAACUCUUUAUAUAUGGAGGAAAACAAGGGAAUAGUAUGUGCUAAUACACAAUGAUAUGAAAUAGUACAGUGUGCUUGAAAAGCAUUAAGUUCAGCCUAAUUUUGAGAGACAUAGCUGAAGAUAGAGCUGAGCAGGGAGGCAAAUGCUAGUUCCUAAGGAGCUUGGACUUUAUUACACAGGUCACAGGAGCUACAGAAGCGUUUAGAGCAGGGAAGGGAUGUGAUUGAAUGUGUAUUAUUGAAAAUUGCUUUGAUAAGGGACAAUAAUGGACAGAGUGAAGAGCUAGAAGGGACAAAUUGAGGCCAGAAAGUACGGGAGCUUGAAUGUCCCCUGAAGAGUGUCUACCUGGUUUGGUGGGCAGUAGGGAGUCACAGAAGGUUCUGGGUGAUGACCGAUGGUGAACUGCAGAGACAAUGGGAACCAAAAGUUGCCUGCUAUACUUCCUGCCUUGUGGACAGCUAUAAAGUGCAGGGGGCGGGAUGGAGGCCAAGGCUAAUCUCUGGGUGGGGUGAGCGGUUUUGUUUCCCAACAUGAUGCUUUGUUCCCCUAGAUGUCCCCGCCCCACGUGGGCGCCCAGUGCUGUGUCAUCUGUCCCCACACCACAGGACUGACCUCCAACCCAGACAGACGAGACCAUUGCCCGGGGUAACCUAGAGAGGAAAUAUGAACUAAGAGUUUCCAGGCAGGGCACUGGGAAUGGGAGAACGAAGAAGGAACAGCACACUGCCGAGCUGGGAGGGAUUUUAAAAGUCAUCCAAGGCAGUUUACCCUCAGCCCUGCUCCCAUGAGCCCAAGGACAGGGAGUCCUACCUCCCCAGCAGCCAUUCCAUAUCUAGGUGGCUCUUCCAGGGAGAAGGUUCUGGAGCUGGUAUGGCAUCAGAGCUGUAAGGAGUCUUAGCACUCGUCUUAUGCUUCUUGAUAGAGGGGACCUUGAGAUUCAGAAGGGACACCUGCCUUCCUGAAGUCACACAGGGAGUCAUCCUGAGUGCCACAGCAGGCUCUUAGAAAUCAGGCUUCUCAGCUCCCCACUCAGAAAAUUACUUUUAAACAUAAUAUUUUACAAACAGUAAUACAUGCGUGUAGCAAUACAUGCAAACAAUACUUAAAUGAAACAUUUCAGUGAAAAGCCAGUCUCCUUUCCACUCCAUCCCCCAGGGCACGAAGACGUCUAGGGGGGCAAAGCUUCAUGUUGGGAAACAAAACCACUCAACCUACCCAGAGAUCAGCCUUGGCCUUGAUCCUGCCCCCCGACCCCCCACUUUAUAGCUGCCCGCAAAGCAGGAAGUGUAGCAGGCAGCUCUCCAUCCCCACUGUCUCUACAGUUCACUCUCAGUCAUCACCUUCCCCAGGGCAUGGCAACAUGGCGAAACCAUGUACCAGUUUCUUGAGCAUCUUUGUCAGAGACAACAUAUCAGGUACCAGCAGAUAUUCUAUACCCCCUCUCUUUUUUUAAUUCCAGAUUUUUAUUUUUAUUUAAAAAAAAAUUUAAGAGGGAGUCUUGCUACAUUAACCCAGGCUGCUCUUGAACUCUUGGCCUCAAGUGAUCCUCCCACUUCAUCGUCCUGAGCAGCUGGGAUUACAGGCAAGAGUUGCCACACCUGGCUUACUCCCUCUUUCUUACAUAAAAAGUAACACACCCUACAUCCUUUAUUGCACCUACCAAAAUAUCUUGGGGAUUGUUCCUUAUCAUACCAGUCCAUGUAGAGAUGACACUUUCUUGUUGUUGUUUUUGUCUUGUUUUGUUGUUUGUUUUUUUGAGACAGGGUCUCACUCUGUCACCCAGGCUGGAGUGCAGUGGAGUGAUCACAGCUUAGUGCAGCCUCAAUCUCCCCUGGCUCAGGUGAUCCUCCCACUUCAGCCUCCUAAGUAGCUAGGAAGACAGGCACAUGCCACCACACCCAGCUAAUUUUUGUAUUUUUAGUAGAGAUGGUGUUUUGCCAUGUUGCCUAGGCUGAUCUUGAACUCCUAGCCUCAAGUGAACCACCUGCCUUGGCCUCCCAAAGUGCUGAAAUUACAGGUAUGAGCCACUGUGCCUGGCCGUAGAGCUGCCACAUUCUUUUUGAUGGCUGCAUAGGCUUCCAUCAUAUGGACGUGUCUUAAUUAUAAUCUGUUUAACAAAUCCCUCACUGGUGGGCUUUAAGGAACAAGAAUACUUCAAUAAUUUUUAUUCACUUUAAAAACAUUUAUAGCAAUGUGCAUUAUGACAUUUCAGUCAAUGACACACCACAUAUAUGAUGGUGGUCCCGUAAGAUGAUAAUACCAUAUUUUUACCGUACCUUUUCUAUGUUGUUAUGUUUAGAUACACAAAUAUCUACUACCUGGUCAAAUUAAUUGGACAUUUUUAUUUUGAGUUGUUCAUGUUUUUUUCUUAUUGAUUUGGAAUAACUAUAUAUGGAGGAAACCAAGGGAAUAAUUGUGAUUAAUUGCCUGCAGUGUUCAGUACAGUCACAUGCUGAACAGGUUUGUAGCCUAGGAGGACUAGGCCAUACCAUAUAGCCUAGGUGUGUAGUAGGCUGUGCCAUCUAGGUUGUGUAAGAACACUCUAUGAGGUUUCACAAUGAUGAAAUCACCUAAGGACACAUUUCUCAGAAUGUAUCCCCAUCAUUAAGCACUGCAAACCUGAUUGUUUAAAUAUAAAGACAUGUCAAGAAGAAACUUCAAUUGGCCCAUGAGCUUUUGCCCAGAUAACCCCUGUUGACCUUUUAAAAAUCAAUUAUUACAAAAAAGUAUAAAAUGAAAAGUAAAAGCGCCUCACAUAUCCAUUCCAUGCACCCCUCAGUCCUCCCAAAAGGUAUCCAUCAAUAAGAGUUUUUUUGUUUUGGCAUAUUUGUGUCCUUUGGGAAAAUUAGGAAAUUCCCACACAUGUCUACAUAGAGCCUUUUAAGUUGUACACAAAAGGAUCAUGAUAUACAGUCUUCUGUUCCUUGAAUUUUUCAGUAGAAAUAUGACCUGGAGAUCUGUCUAUCCUAGGACAAAGUCCCAGCAAUGGGUAUCUUAAUGAAGUUACUCCCUCUCCUACUGCUGGACCCUGAAGAUGGCUCUUUUCUUUUGUUGUUUACUGGUACACACAGUGCUGUGUUGUCUGUCCUUGUAUUUUUAUAUUAGCGUGCUGUAGUAGCUUUGCCAUACCCUUCCCGAUUGGUUGCACCAUCUGGCACCUCACUCUACAGCAUUUUUGAGAGUGCUCAUUUCUUCCCACCUUUAGCAGCAAAAGUAUUAGCAAACUUGUUCGUUUUUGCCAACUUGGUAGAUUAAAAAAUGGCAACCAUGUUGUGUUUUGAUUUGUAUUUCUUUAAUAUACAUUUAAUUAUAAGUGAGAUUGAAGAUCUUUCCAUGAGCUGCUUGUUCAUAUCCUUUGCUCUUUUUUUCUAAUGGGUUAGUCAUCUUUUUCCUAUCGAUUUGAAAGGCCUGUUUAUGUAUUAGGGAAAUUAACUUUCAUCUCAUUUUCCUCAGUUAAAUUCUGUCAUAUGUGCUGCAGCAGACAUUUUUUUUCAGUUUACCAUUUGUCUUUUUUACUUUGUUUAUGGUAUUUUAAUUCCAUUUACAUAGUUUUAAUUUUUAUGCAGUUAAAUGUUCGACAUCUUCCUUCACGGCUCCUGGGAAUGAAAAUAUUUACACAGUGCAUUUUGUGCAGGCUUUCCACACAUUAUCAUAGUUAAUUCUCACAGCAGCCUUUGAAGCAAGGCAGGGUGGGAAUUUUUAGCUUCAGUUCCAUUUUAAGGAUGAGUUCACAUGAGUCUCAGAAAAGUCGUGGGACUUGCCCAGGUCCAACAGAUUCUAAAACCUUUGUCAUUCUUACUUCCUCACCUGCCUUCCAACCAGCCAGGUGACCUACUCCUGGCACUGAUAACAAAAGUAUAUGGCUUCUCAGGGACUGCAUUUUUAAAUAUUAAAACUACAAGGAUCUUAUCUUCCCUUAACUGCUCUUUAAAAAAAAAAAGGUGUUUUUAAGAGACAAAGUCUUACUCUGUCGCCCAGGCUGGAGUGCAGUGGUGCAAUCAUAGCUCACAAUAACCUUGAACUCCUGGGCUUAAGCAAUCCUCUUGCCUGAGCCUCCCGAGUAGCUGGAACCACAGGUGUGCACUACCAUGCCUGGUUAAUUUAUUUUGGAGAUGGAGUCUCGCUGUGUUGCCCAGGCUGGCCUCAAACUCUUGGCUUCAAGUGAUCCUUCCACCUCAGCCUCCCAAAGCACUGGGAUUACAGGCAUGAGCCACCACACCUGGCCCUUAAAAAUAUUUUUUAAACCUCCAAUAAUAUGGAAGGGUAGAAUAUGCAGCGGGGUUGGGACUCACAUUUCAGCCCACAAGCCCAUCCCCAGGGGAUCCACUGUCCAGUUGGCUGUGAGCACUGAUAAGAAGCCAUGGGCUCACUAUUGCCACGAGGCAGGAAGAGCCACCAGGAGCCGGGCCGUUCCUUAUUCGUCUCUGUCACCAGUGCCUUGGGUAUUCUAGGGACAACUUAGAUGCUCAAUAAAUUCUGCAAGAGUGGCGAGUGGGGCAGUCAGGCACACUGCUUAGACUCUACAGCUUCGCAGGUGGGUGUUCAAAUCCCAGCUCACCCCUUAGCAGCUGUGUGAAUGUGGGCAGAUGACUUUACCUCUCUGCCUCGGUGUCCUUGUCUGUAAAAUUGAGAUACUAGUUUCUGCCUCAAGUAAAUGAAUAAUCCUCCUCCAGUGCUGAACAGUGCCUACAUCUCACUUCUGAUCCGUCUGUGCCUUUCUGGAUCCAUUUGCCCAUUCUCACCUGGCCCAGAUGUCCAGGGUCAUGAGAUGUCAGAGGUAAAAAUCAGGGUCCCUCCUUCUGUCCUUUCUUCCCAGAAGUCCAGAAGGGGAAACGUCUUGCCCAAGGUCACACAGCCCCUCAUGGCAGGACCCACAGAGCCAGGUCUCCUGACUCAUGACAUUACUCGCUCACCUUCUCUGGCUGGGCCCUGGCGGCCCCGUCCCUCCGGCCUCCGGUCUCGCCGCCUCCGGGCACCAGGGGGCGCCUCGUCCCAAUCGCAGCCCGCCACCUGACGCCCGCGCUCCAGACCCGCGGGGUUCCGGCUGCGGGGGAGAGGCCGCCGCUCCCGGCCCGGCGUUCAGGGCUUCCGGGGCAGGUCUGCUCUGCGACCCACCAGGCAGGGCAGUCGCGCGUCCUCGCUUUCUCCUUAGGUGCACCCCUGCGGGCGCGCUCCCGCCCCUAUCCCUUCCAGGCCCAGCCUCUGCUAUCUGCGCCACUUCUUCCCCGUCUUUGGGCUCCCUUCCGAUUGUGCGCACCCCAUUCUCUGUAACAGUCGCCAGGCCACCAGGACCCGUCCCAGCAUCUAAAUCGAGUGUCGAGGGCGAGGCCCCCAGCAGUGAGACUGGCACGUCCCUGGACAGCCCCUCAGCCUACCCCCAGGGCCCCUUGGUGCCCAGUUCCAGCCUGAGCCCGGAUCACUACGAGCACACAUCAGUGGGAGCCUAUGGGCUGUACUCAGGGCCACCGGGGCAACAGCAGCGCACGCGGAGGCCCAAGCUGCAGCACUCAACCUCCAUCCUGCGCAAGCAGGCCGAGGAGGAGGCCAUCAAGCGUUCACGCUCACUCUCCGAGAGCUAUGAGCUCUCCUCGGACCUGCAGGACAAGCAGGUGGAGAUGCUAGAACGAAAGUAUGGGGGGCGCCUGGUAACCCGCCAUGCGGCCCGCACCAUCCAGACGGCGUUUCGCCAGUACCAGAUGAACAAGAACUUCGAGCGCUUGCGCAGCUCCAUGUCAGAGAACCGCAUGUCACGCCGGAUUGUGCUGUCCAACAUGAGGAUGCAGUUCUCCUUUGAGGGGCCUGAGAAAGUGCACAGCUCCUACUUCGAGGGGAAGCAGGUCUCAGUGACUAACGACGGCUCCCAGCUGGGAGCCCUGGUGCCCCCUGAGUGUGGUGACCUCAGCGAGCCGACCACCCUCAAGUCUCCGGCCCCCUCCAGCGACUUUGCAGACGCCAUCACCGAGCUGGAGGAUGCCUUCUCUAGGCAAGUGAAAUCACUGGCCGAGUCCAUCGACGAUGCCCUCAACUGCCGCAGCCUGCACACUGAAGAGGCACCGGCCCUGGAUGCGGCGCGGGCCCGGGACACCGAACCCCAGACAGCCCUGCACAGCAUGGACCACCACAAACUGGACGAGAUGACGGCCUCGUACAGUGAUGUCACCCUGUACAUCGAUGAGGAGGAGCUGUCGCCCCCUCUGCCCCUCUCGCAGGCAGGGGACCGGCCGUCCAGCACCGAGUCGGACCUGCGGCUACGGGCUGGGGGCGCAGCUCCAGACUACUGGGCCCUGGCCCACAAAGAGGACAAGGCCGACACGGACACGAGCUGCCGGAGCACGCCGUCGCUGGAGCGGCAGGAGCAGCGGCUGCGGGUGGAGCAUCUCCCGCUGCUCACCAUCGAGCCACCGAGCGACAGCUCUGUGGACCUCAGUGACCGCUCGGAGCGGGGCUCGCUCAAGAGGCAGAGUGCUUACGAGCGCAGCCUCGGCGGGCAGCAGGGCAGCCCCAAGCAUGGUCCCCACAGCGGCGCCCCUAAGAGCCUCCCCCGGGAGGAGCCUGAGUUGCGGCCCCGGCCCCCCAGGCCCCUGGACAGCCACUUGGCCAUCAAUGGUUCGGCCAACCGGCAGAGCAAGUCUGAGUCAGACUACUCAGAUGGUGACAAUGACAGCAUCAACAGCACAUCCAACUCCAACGACACCAUCAACUGCAGCUCCGAGUCGUCGUCCCGUGACAGCCUGCGGGAGCAGACGCUCAGCAAGCAGACCUACCACAAGGAGGCCCGCAACAGCUGGGACUCGCCUGCCUUUAGCAACGAUGUCAUCCGCAAGAGGCACUACCGCAUCGGCCUGAACCUCUUCAACAAGAAGCCUGAGAAGGGAGUCCAGUAUCUCAUCGAGCGUGGCUUUGUGCCCGACACGCCCGUCGGGGUGGCCCACUUCCUGCUGCAGCGCAAGGGCCUCAGCCGGCAGAUGAUUGGAGAGUUCCUGGGCAACCGGCAGAAGCAGUUCAACCGCGACGUGCUCGACUGUGUGGUGGACGAGAUGGACUUCUCUACCAUGGAGCUGGACGAGGCCCUCAGGAAAUUCCAGGCGCACAUCCGUGUCCAAGGGGAGGCUCAGAAAGUGGAGCGGCUCAUCGAGGCGUUCAGCCAGCGCUACUGCAUCUGCAACCCCGGGGUGGUGCGGCAGUUCCGGAACCCAGACACCAUUUUCAUCCUGGCCUUCGCCAUCAUCCUGCUGAACACCGACAUGUACAGCCCCAAUGUCAAGCCCGAGCGGAAAAUGAAGCUGGAGGACUUCAUCAAGAACCUCCGAGGUGUGGACGAUGGUGAGGACAUUCCCCGGGAGAUGCUGAUCGGGAUCUAUGAACGGAUCCGUAAGCGAGAGCUGAAGACCAAUGAGGACCAUGUGUCCCAGGUGCAGAAGGUGGAGAAGCUCAUUGUGGGGAAGAAGCCGAUCGGAUCCCUGCAUCCUGGGCUCGGCUGUGUGCUCUCUCUGCCCCACCGUCGGUUGGUCUGCUACUGCCGGCUUUUUGAGGUUCCAGACCCAAACAAGCCCCAGAAACUCGGACUACACCAGCGAGAAAUCUUCCUGUUCAACGACCUCCUGGUGGUCACCAAGAUCUUCCAGAAGAAGAAGAAUUCGGUGACGUACAGCUUCCGACAGUCCUUUUCCUUAUACGGCAUGCAGGUCCUGCUCUUCGAGAACCAGUACUACCCCAAUGGCAUCCGGCUCACCUCGUCUGUCCCCGGAGCAGACAUCAAAGUGUUAAUAAACUUCAACGCCCCCAACCCUCAAGACCGGAAGAAAUUCACCGAUGACCUGCGGGAGUCCAUUGCAGAAGUCCAAGAGAUGGAGAAGCACAGGAUAGAGUCGGAGCUCGAGAAGCAGAAAGGCGUCGUGCGGCCCAGCAUGUCCCAGUGCUCCAGCCUCAAAAAGGAGUCGGGCAAUGGAACACUGAGCCGGGCCUGCCUGGACGACAGCUACGCCAGCGGUGAGGGCCUCAAGCGCAGUGCCCUCAGCAGCUCCCUGCGGGACCUCUCGGAAGCCGGGAAGCGAGGGCGUCGCAGCAGUGCGGGAUCGCUAGAGAGCAAUGUGGAAGGGUCCAUCAUUAGCAGUCCUCACAUGCGCCGGAGAGCUACAUCAACACGAGAGUGUCCAUCUCGCCCACACCAGACUAUGCCCAACUCAUCUUCCCUCCUGGGCUCCUUAUUCGGGAGCAAGAGAGGGAAGCCCCCUCCCCAGGCCCACCUGCCCUCAGCCCCAGCCCCCCCACCCCCCCACCCACCGGUGGUCCUGCCUCACCUGCAGCACUCUGUGGCUGGCCACCACCUGGGGCCCCCAGAGGGUCUGCCGCAGGCCCCCAUGCACGGGCAUCACACCCAGUACUGCCACAUGCAGCAGAACCCUCCCCCGUACCACCACCACCACCACCACCACCCGCCCCAGCACAUCCAGCACGCACACCAGUACCACCACGGCCCCCACGGGGGCCACCCAGCCUACGGGGCCCACGCCCAUGGCCACCCACCGCUGCCCUCGGCCCAUGUGGGGCAUACAGCGCACCACCAUGGGCAGCCCCCUGCCCCACCGCCCCCCACCAGCAGCAAGGCCAAACCCAGCGGCAUCAGCACAAUUGUGUAGACAGCCUGGGCAGGGGUCCCAGGCUCCCUGAAACAGCUGCACACCACACAGGGCACGCCCGGGGGUCGCCAGCCACACACCAAACCCGGGGCACUUCUGUUGCCAUCUCUCCCCGCUGCCCCUCACAGCCCAACCGGAGCCCCAGGAGCCCACAGGGCUGGUGUUGUGUGGAACAAAGGCCCAGAUUUCAUUUAGCGUUGGCACCCUGGACUUCACUCACCUCAGUCUGAGGGAUGGGUGGGCCUCAGACACCAUCAGCCUUGAAACGGUGCCACCAGCCAAGUAGAUGUUGAACUGCCUCCCCCACUUCAGCUCUCAGCUCCCUGUGCCCUAAUUUACAUGCAUAUGAAAACCCAACCUAGAAAAUGAAGGAGAUACAAAAACAGACAAAACAAACCCCAAAACUUGCUGCAUUAUUGCUCUUUUACUGACAAUGGGCAAAAAAUUAAGUAGACCUGAUAUGGUUGAUGAAAAUACGUAAGUAAACUUUAUAUAAUAUAAAUAUAUAAAUAUAUAAAUAUAUCUAUAUAUACUGUAUAGGUAGUACUUGUGUGUGAAAGGCAGGCGUUUCAGUCCACAACAUUAGCAAUACCCACCUGCAAGGAGCUCCACUUACCUAAUAGGAAGACUACCUUAGCUGGGUGUGUGAGACAAUAGACCAAACCCUAAAUGCUAGGAACAAAUUCAGAUACUUCAUAUUUUCAUACAAAGAAGUCCCUCUAGGACUGGCUAAAAUCUUCACACAAUCAUUACUAACUGUGCCAAGUAACAUAGCAUCUAACUGUUUAAAAAGUCCAGUAUUGCUUUGUAUAAAUCCUUAUUUUAUUAACAGAAUACUAUCAUAAAUAGUAUUAUAAUGCUCUGUUAUUUCAGGUAAGCAAAUAGCUAAACUGCAGUACACUCUACAGUAGCAACUCAGGACAGCUGGUUACGAGCUGGUUGUCUUAGGACAUUGGUUACAGAUUCUUAGACACUUUAAUGGCUGCGAUAACUGUGAAUCUCCAUGAUCCAUGUUUCUUUUAUGCGCAUAUGAUUUAAUGCACACUCAUUCAGAGUCCUCCGAGAGGGGCCCAUACACGGCAGAAGUGUUCAUCUCCAACAUGAAAGUGACCAGCUCUCAUCCUCGUCUCCCCAACACCAUAACUUCCUCAUCCCGUCUCCAACCCACACCAGGCUGAAGCCCUCAGAGAGUGUUUUCAUCAGGAACCACUCUCGAACCUGAAGGUUGACUUUAGCGUUUAGCAACCCAGGGCAGUGUGUGUGUUUCCUGUUUUGUUUUCUGAGUGGUAGCAGUGAUCAUCGUAAUUCCAUGUAGCCAUGUGCUAGCAGAACCCCUGUGUCAUCACCGUGGCCCGUGUGAUCCCAGCCGACGAGUGCCCGGCGGAGCCCCCGCUGCCUUCCCAUGGUCCAGUGAGCUGCCAGGGCAUCACAUGACUCUCAGCUGUGCUCUUGUCGCUUCUGUGUUGUGGUGACACCAUGCGCUCCCCGGGGCCAGACCUGCACGCGGCGGGUCUGUGCCUGAGUCACCCACGGGCCAUACUUUGUAGUUUCAGCCUUUCGAGCCACUGCAGCCACUGCAGCCGUCAGUGCUGUGCUCCUAAGCCAUGGGACCCGAGGACUGCCCCCCGGCGCCUGCCCAGGCGGAGGCCCUUUCAGAAAGGGCGAAGCUCACGCCUGACUCUGCGGGCCACGGGGCCGCGUGCUCAGUGGACAGCGUGGUGAGCCGUGGCCGGACGGCAGGAGGAGAGGGGAGCCCCCUCUGGCUGUGUGUCACCUUGGCUGGCUGGCUGGCCGGGGUUUUGCCUAUUUCCCUCCUCACAUCCCUCCCCUCGGUCAUAUCAUUGAGAUCACCGUACCAGCAAAUCUGCAAACCAAGCACUUUGUUAAUCUCCACAGAGAGCAAAUACAGCAAUCUAGAGUUUAGCCUUUUUAAAAAUAAGUGUGACUUUUACCUGCCCACCUGUGUCCUCCCAUUGGCGUGGCAUUUCUUUCUUUGGUGUCUGCUCAGAAAGAAACAGCAUGGGAGCGUGGGAUUGGGUCCAGGCUGGGCUGUCGGGGAAGCGUCCUGGUGUCCCCGACUCCUCAAUUCUUGGGUCUUUUUUAAAAGCCAGGCUCCCCAAAGCACUGUCUCACAAUUUUGAGGAGGAGGUUCUGACCUGGAAGCGUUAAACUGCUGCAUGUCAUCUGGCGUCAGCUGUGAGGCUGCGCUCUGCGUAUUGUGCAUUUGCAAAAUGUAUUGGUGUGACUGUAAACACAUCGUUGAAGUAAAGCGAUCACAUAUUGAGUAUGUCGGCUUCUCUCACCCUCUUCUGUGCCGAGAGGAGAGUCUAACUAACUGUAACCUUUAGGUUGUUCCAGAAAAGAUUCAGGCUGUUUGGCACAGAAUUGCUCUUUCUGAAGGGUAGCACUAAUAGGAACAGACAGUAAACCCCAGGAGGGGCUUUCAGAAAACUCUCCCUCUCCAUCGCCAUCCUGCAAUCUCCACAGCCUCGGGCUGCCAGCCUCGGGCACUGUCCUCGGUGUGUCCUGGAGCUGUGCUGGGCAGCAGGCCUGGGCCCACUGAGCCCCUCCCGGGGUUUCCAGCCGCAGUCAAGUCUGUUCCUUCAGGCUAGUAAGGUUUCAUCCUGUUUUAUUUGCAAGCUUAUCAAAAGUUUGUCGAAGAUACAUUGUUGGGUUCCAGAGGCUGGAGUCAUGCUGCCCGCACCUUGUUUGGGAAGCAAAAGCUCCCAGUGAGCUGGUGUCCCCGUGUGUCUUUCAUGGGACUGUCCCCUUUAGGUCCGCACCUGUCACAGCCAUAGCUUUGGGGUCCUGUCAUCACAUCCCGCGGGAGGGGAGGCAGGAGGAGGCCGAGAGCCCCAGGAUGUCUGCCUGGUCCCUUCUCACUGUGAGGACGCCCUUGGCAUACCUUUCUCAAGUCACACAAAUUAUUGCAGUUACAUACAGAAUUGCUGACAGGAACAGGAGAUGCUGAGGGAAACAGCUGGCAAUGUGACAAAAGUCUUUUCUGGGACAACAGUCAAAUCAUGUAUUUGUAUUUUUUUAAGUUUACCAAUGAAUUGUACAACAAUGUAAAAAUAAAGUUCAUCCUAAUGUGAUGUGCACAUCUUGCUUAAAAAUGUCUUCAGCAUCCAGUGCAGAGUGAUCUUUCCCUCACACGCUGCAUGCGGCAGGAGCCUCUUGUUUUUCUUAAUGAGCUGAAAAGACAGCAGAUGUUCACAGCUGAUGCUGGAUGUUGACUCAGCUCCACGGGAAGCUCUGUGCCCACAGGUAAGCACGCACAGUCUUACAGUUCUCCUUGUAAAAUAUCAUCACCCUUCCUGCCUGAGAAACGAGUGCAUUUGUAUUUUAUAUAACAACAAUAGUCAAGGCAGCAUUGCAACACUGAGCAGGGUGAGGUGGGGGUGCCGAGCACAGGACAAGGGGGAGGAGGCCUGCCCUCCAUUCAGACGCAUCUGCGUCGCCCUUCUAUGUGCAGUCACAUUGAGACGGCAGACAGCAUGCGUCUCCUCUUGGGAGAUAUCUUUUGCCUCCAAAUUAUUUGAAGCAAUUAGAAUCAGGUCCUGAAUCCCCAGACUGUUCAGAGACUUCAAGGGACACUUCCCUCACAAGAAGCCUGGCACCCCCACUGUGUACCUCUGGGAGGAAAGGAGUGCGUUCGUUUUCAUCUGCAUUCUGUUUGUCAGUGGUAACAGACUAUCAAUGUAAAACCAUGGUUGUGAUCAUGUGGGGAAAUCAAAUAAAUCCUUUGAAACUC